CGACCGACUUUACUUACAUCACGAGACUCCGUAUGACUUUUCACCUAUAUAUGUAGAUAUGUAUAUACUUUAACCAUAAAGUCAGCUGAUUGAUUCUCAGAUGCAAGUGGAAGAAAAAAAUAUGGUCAGAGACGAGUAUCCAGCACCGGAGGAAAUGAAAAAGGAAGGAGAUAUGGAGGAGACAGUACAAACGGAGGAAACUAAUCAUUAUGACGUCGACGAGGAAAUGGACAACGCCGAGAACGAGGAACUUUCCGAUGACAUUUGCGAGUAUCUCGAGAAUGAUGCGUAUCCCGAAGAAGGUAUAAAGGCAUUAGAGGCCGAGUUGGAUCAUUUGCAAACUGCCUUGGAUCAUUUGGAAAGGAAAAACGAUGAUAUACAUGCACAAUUAACAGAACUGUUGCAAUCUAAUCGUGAAGCUAGGAAACAGUUCCAGGAAUCACUACAAGUCGAAAAACAACAAUCGAAGUAAUAAUUACUCUGUACUUAGAAAAUCAUAUUUGCUAAUUUAAUAUGUUGUCUAAAAAUACCCUCAAGUAUUAUUUUUUAAUCUUGUAAACGCGCAUUGUUUCAUGUAUCUGUAAAAAUG